AUGACCAUUGUUGUGGCUCAGGGAGUCUGUUUCCUCUCCCAAUCUGGAGUAGGUAUCCUGGGGAACUCUCUCCUCAUCACAUUCCACCUCUCCUCGUUCCUCCUGGAUUCCAAACCAAAGCCCACAGACCUGACCAUCAUCCACCUGGCCCUGGUCCAUACCGUGAUGCUUCUUCCAAGGUGGAUCAUCAUAGCAGCAGGGAUGUUGGGGCUGCAGCUUGUACAGAACGAUGCUGAGUGUAAGCUGUUCGUCUGUCUCUACCGCAUCACCCGGGGCCUCUCCCUCUGUACCACCUGCCUCCUGAUCGUGAUCCAUGCCAUCACCAUCAGUUCUAGCACCUCCUAUCUGUUCCAGCUCAAGGUUCAGAUCCCAAAUGCCAUCCUCCCGGUCUUAGCCAUCUUGUGGAUUCCCAGCGCUCUGAUAAGCGCCAACCUUCUGUUCCAAGUGUUUGCUUCCCCCAAUAGAAACAACACAGAUACCAACUGUUACAUUGUGCCUAUGAACACACUCCUCCAGGGGCUGAUUCUCACCUUCAUGGCUCUCCGCGACGUCCUUUCUCUAGGGCUCAUGAGCUGCUGCAAUGGGUACAUGGUCCUUCUCCUGCACCGACACAGGCACCAGGUCCAGCAUCUUCACAGCCCCAGCCAAGCCCCCAAAACAUCGCCGGAGAGACAAGCGACCAAGACCAUUGUGCUGCUGGUGAGCUGCUUUGUAGUCUUCUACUGUGGAGACCUUGUCUUUUCCCUGUUUCUAGGGACAUCCAUGAAGAAUAAUGCUGCCCUCUGGAAUGCUCACAUGUUUGUGGUCAGUGGAUAUGCCACUAUCAGCCCCUUUGUGUUGCUCACCUGUGACACGAGAGUCAUUAAGUUCCUAGCUGAUUUUCUGGGGAAUAUGAUCCUCAAAUCUUCUCAGACCACACUGCUUCUAGACUUUUUUUUGAAGUCCACCAUCAUUGCUCUACAUAGCUACCUACCACAAUUUAGAUGCAAUCCGUUUUUUGGCUGUAUGAUGAAUCUCUCAGCUUAUGUUCAUGGGAUUGGCUGUAAUACUGCCAAAGAGCAGUGGUGA